UCCAGGUUCUCAGGCUCCUUUUCAAUACCCACCUCCGCCAUCCACCCAUUUCACCCUAUUCCCAAACCACCUUUUUCUCUUCUCUCUUCUUUCCUGUAUAACUCGCCUUGUUCGCCGUCGUUUGUCGCGCUUCAUUUGUCGUGCAUCGCAUUGUCUGUUUUAGCUCGCAUUCGCCUCGCAAUCAAUCAAUCAAAACAAUCAAUCCGUCAACUCGACGCACCUCAUCCGACUUCGCAUCACCUCGCUCGUCCCGAUCGGAUACCAUUGAUUGCGGCAGCCUUGCAUCGACAUCGGGCUCCAUCCCCAACUCUCACAUCAAUCAGCCUUUGGGUUCCCGACUGCGCCGUUCGAACACUGGUUUCCUUCUUUCGUCUGUUCCAAGUAAAAAAAAAAAAACAACACGAAAGACCAGCGAGACGAGCACUCUGAAAAGCCAAAAAAGCAACAUCGAAGACCAUCACGCAUUCAGUUGCAUCACGCUACCGUCUUCCACGCUCCGCCGAGUCUCCAGUCAGCAUACCACACACACACACGGACUAGACCACUGGUUGCUUGCUUGGCUCCCCCGGCCUCUUCCAUCAUCGCCGACCCGCAACUUCCGUUUUCGUCCGUUACCAAGUUGCUGCAUCCCCGAAGACUUGGUAUCCACUUUUUCCAGUGUGAAUCACAUCUCGCGUGCCGAACCAGGGGGUUGCAAAGAGUCACUCCACGGCCCACCUGUUCCUGAGAGACUCUUAUACGCGGCGAUCGGUCAACUCUUUCUGAGAUAUCUCCGAUACAACUCUUGAUCAUCAUAGUCAACAACAUCAAGCCAUUGAGAUACGCUGCCAAAACCACGCCGUCGUUGCCUUCAAGGCUCCCCCCCCUUGCCCUCUAGCCCGGCUCACCCGGUGUUUACAUUGGUGAUUACUUCGACCAAGCUCAAGUCACCUGGACAAGCAUCAUCAACACCGCCAACGACAACAACAAUAACUCAGAACAGCGUCAAACGGCCUUCAACUUAUACCUCGCCUGACCUGGAUUCGAUGUUACUAUAACAACAACAAUUUCUUUCUCCCUUCACCCACUACUCUACCGUUUCGACGGCCCCUUUCUCGACCGACUACUCUACAGUCACAUUUCCUUUGUUGACUCUUCACCUUAUCACCGCUUAUGAGCCUCAGACCGUGAACGAUUUCGACUUGUUUUCACAGUUCUAAACCCUGUACAUUCUUCCACUUCUUUCUUGCUUUUACGGCGUCUCUUUUAUACCUCUUUCGAUACUUUGAGAAACACCUGUCUGCAAAGGAAACACACACGCGCAUUGUAUCAACUAUCUACAACACAAAACCAACUCAACACCUAUACCCUAAUCUUUUCCCCCCAGCAUUCGCCAUGGACUUCUGCCUUCGGAACAAGUUCCAAUCUGGAGUUCUCCUCGCUGGACGAUACCAAACGAUCUCCCCUCUCAACCAUGGAUCCUUUGGCAUGGUCUUCAUGGCUCGCGACCUCAAGACUGGUCAGAAGGUUGCCAUCAAGUGCCUGACAAAGAAGGGAGCUGCAAGCGAAGCCGGCUUCGACUUUGCGGUUGACGAGAAGUCUGAGGAGCUGGUUCUUCAUCGACGUCUUGGAGCCCACCCCAACAUUGUCAACUUCAUCGACACCUUCGAGACCGAAGCCCAUACAUACAUCGUCCUGGAGUACUGCGAGCGAGGCGAUCUCUACGAAGCGAUUCGUCUGGACCAGGGUCCUUUGGAAACCGAGCAUGUGAGGCGAUUCAUGCUGGAGCUUGUCGACGCUGUUGCCCACAUCCACGCCAAGGGCAUCUACCACCGCGACAUCAAGCCCGAGAACAUCUUCCUCACCCAAACAGGCUCCGCCAAGUUGGGCGAUUUCGGGCUUGCCACCACCGAGAAGUGGUCGUAUGAGGCUGCGGUUGGAAGCGAACGUUACAUGUCCCCUGAGCAGUUCGACUCGGCCGGUGCCGGAUACUCGCCGGCUGCGGCAGACAUCUGGGCUAUUGGCAUCUGCUUGCUUAACGUUCUCUUCGCCCGCAACCCAUUCACCACCCCGACCGAGGCCGACCCGCUUUUCUUGGAUUUCUCGCGCGACAAGCAGUCUUUGUUCGAUGUAUUUCCUUCCAUGUCCCAGGACACCUAUGAAGUCAUUGUUCAGUGUAUGAACCUUGAUCCUCGUAAGCGCUCCCUUGAGGGUGCUCGCGAAGCUCUCCUCCGCGUCAUCAGCUUCACCACCGACGACGAGAUCCUCGACGACUUCUGCACCGCCGAUGGCCCCGUGGUCGCCAGCUCCAACCGUGAGCCUCUUCGCACCCCCUCGAUCCAGAGCCCCCAGAUGGACACUGGUGCAUUCCCCUGGGCCAAGGCGCUCCACGCGAACACCAAGAGGCAGCUCAGCGACAUUCCCGACGACGAAAGCUAUACCGAGGACCUCUUCUCUACUUCUACCGCCACCACCUCCGACUGGCUUUCCGCUAGCAUUCAGACCCCGCCUUCCGUUUCGUCUGUUAUGGACUCACAUCUUGCUGCCUCCAUGCAGUCGCUUAACAUGGGCUCGGUCGCUCAAUCUAGCAAGGACAUGUUUGCCAAGAUCCCCGUGAGGCCUUCGGCCGCCACCGGCUCUCUUCCGAUCAACAUGGCCAAGCAGCCUAAGCAGUCAGCUUUGUCGCUGGUUUUCGGUCGCAAGGAUACUGUCUCUAAGAGCUGGAGUGAUCUGUGGGACGAAGAGGAGGAGGAGGAGGAAGAGCAAGCUAAGCAGCUGGCGUUGAAGGAGAUGAACUCCAGGACCUGGAGCCAGGAAAGCAAGCACGAUAACGAGAACACUCCUCGCAUGGGUCGGUCACCGGCUACCAAGGCGGGCAGUCUUCACGUGGAGCACGAUAUCCCGGCUAUUGACAUGCAUCUCGGUUCCAACAUCGACGACGAUCUCGCUGCCGAUGGUUUCUUCUUCCACGAUGCCCCCGCACAGAAGGAGCCCACUCAGUUCUCUAUGAGCCACUCUCCGCCUGCCCGGAAGAGUGCCCUAGACAAGUGGCAGGCUCUGGGUGAACGUCGCAGGGCGACAGGAACCACACCUCCCAAGGGUUCCGAGUCUAUCCCGAGAACGCGUCAAAUUCCUCAUAGCUUUGGCGCCGCCUCUCAUGAUUUCAACAGCAUUCACCACAACUCUUAUACUGUUCACUCGAACAAUCACUCACCUCAUCAUUAUUCUGCCAACAUCGGAAAGAAGUCUACCCCGGUCAAACAGUGCCCUUGGAGCAAGGGACGCGAUCGGGCAUUUGACUGGCGCAAGGAGAAGCGUCAUCCUUUCGAUGUCGAGUGGGUUGGUGGCUGGACGGGAGCUCCUCUCGUGCCAGUUCAUCACUUGUAGUUGGGCUAUCACCUUCGCUGUGGCCCUCCAUUGAUUCAUACUGUUUUUGGGUAAAGGAAAUCUGCUGAUCCUAGUCGGAGUAUACGGGCAUUUUUGGUCUUUUGGCUUUUUUUUUUUUUUUUUUUGGCUUUUCAGGGGUUUUGUUGCUUGGGGUCAAACGGGCGGGUCUGUCGUCAAUAUUUUCAGGGAUUUACAGUACUGCAUAGCAUGGUUUAAACAAACAAACAAAGGGCGAAGCGGCAUUCAGAUACAGAAACUGGACAUUCGAAUUGGAUUGGGUUUUCUCUUCUCUAUCAUUUCAUUUCAUUCAUCGGAUCGAGACAUAUGGACAUGAGCCCGAAGGAUCAGCAUUUUUCUCUUUUCCGGUUUAAAAGACCAAACAAGGACAGUUACAUGGGAUUGGUGGAUGGGCGGAAUGGUGAAUUGGGUUUCAACUCGCUUUCUGUGUAUUAGAUAUUCUCCGAACAUCUCAUGUGAAGACCUUCAAAGGUCACAACAAUACCAGAAGUUACCCACUCGAACGCUAUAUCUUUGUCUUAUGCCUUUUGUGAACGUGAUGAACUGAAUG